AUGGAGGGAGCCGGGCGGGCAACCGCCACUCCGGGGCUGGAGGCGUCUUGCUCUGCUUGGGGCUCCGGCAGUACUAAUACAAAUUUGCCAGUCAUGUCAACAGAAUCUGUGGAGAUUGAUGAUGCAUUAUACAGUCGACAGAGGUAUGUCCUUGGAGACACAGCAAUGCAGAAGAUGGCCAAGUCCCGUGUUUUCUUAAGUGGUAUGGGUGGCCUUGGUUUGGAAAUUGCAAAGAAUCUUAUUCUUGCUGGAAUUAAAGAACUUACAGUUCACGAUACAGGAAAUUGCCAACCGUGGGAUCUAGGAACCAAUUUCUUUAUCUGUGAAGAUGAUGUUGUUAAUAAGAGAAACAGGGCAGAAGCUGUACUUCAACAAAUUGCAGAACUAAAUCCAUAUGUUCAUGUCACAUCAUCUUCUUUUCCUUUAAAUGAUUCAACAGAUCUCUCCUUCUUACAUAAAUACCAGUGUGUAGUAGUAACUGAGAUUAAACUGCCGUUGCAGAAGAAAAUCAAUGAUUUCUGUCGUUCUCAGCACCCUCCAAUUAAGUUCAUCAGUGCAGAUGUAUUUGGAAUUUGGUCACGGUUGUUUUGUGAUUUUGGAGAUGAAUUUGAAGUUUUAGAUACAACAGGAGAAGAACCAAAAGAAAUUUUCAUUUCAAACAUAACACAAGCUAAUCCUGGCAUUGUCACUUGUCUUGAAAAUCAUCCUCACAAACUUCAGACAGGACAGUUUCUAACCUUUCGAGAAAUUAAUGGAAUGACAGGCUUAAAUGGAUCAGUACAACAAAUAACUGUGAUAUCACCAUUUUCCUUUAGCAUUGGUGAUACUACAGAAAUGGAGCCUUAUUUACAUGGAGGCAUAGCUAUACAAGUUAAGACUCCUAAAAUGGUUUACUUUGAAUCACUGGAGAAGCAGAUCAAAGAUCCAAAGUGCCUCAUUGCAGAUUUCGGAAAACCUGAGGCAUCUUUGCAGAUUCAUAUGGCUAUGAUUGCCUUGGACCAGUUUCAGGAGAAAUAUAAUCGCAAGCCAAAUAUUGGAUGCCAACAAGAUUCAGAAGAACUAUUGAAACUAACUGCAUCUAUAAGUGAAACUUUGGAAGAGAAGCCAGAAGUAAAUGCCAGCAUUGUGCAAUGGCUCUCUUGGACUGCUCGAGGCUUUCUACCUCCACUUGCUGCAGCAGUAGGAGGUAUUGCUAGCCAAGAAGUAUUGAAAGCUGUGACAGGGAAAUUUUCUCCUUUGAGCCAAUGGUUAUAUAUUGAAGCCGCAGAUGUUGUUAAAUCCCUUCGUAGACCUGACCGUGAAGAGUUUUUACCACGUGGAGAUAGAUAUGAUUCCUUACGAGCUUGUAUUGGAGACACUUUGUGUCGGAAGCUGCAGAAUUUGAAUAUCUUCUUAGUAGGGUGUGGAGCCAUAGGCUGUGAAAUGUUAAAAAAUUUUGCCUUACUUGGUGUUGGCACGGGCAAAGAGAAAGGAAUGAUCACAAUUACAGAUCCUGACUUAAUAGAAAAAUCCAACUUGAAUAGACAGUUCCUAUUUCGUCCUCAACACAUUCAGAAACCUAAGAGCUAUACUGCUGCUGAUGCCACCCUUAAAAUAAAUCCUCAGAUAAAAAUAGAGGCACACUUGAACAAAGUCUGUCCAGCCACUGAGGCAGUUUACAAUGAUGAUUUCUAUAAUAAACAAGAUAUAAUUAUUACAGCAUUAGAUAAUGUGGAAGCCAGGAGAUAUGUAGACAGUCGCUGCUUAGCCAAUCUACGACCCCUCCUAGAUUCUGGAACAAUGGGAACUAAGGGACAUACUGAAGUUAUUGUACCUCACUUGACUGAAUCCUAUAACAGUCAUCGGGAUCCCCCAGAAGAGGAAAUACCAUUCUGUACUCUAAAAUCCUUUCCAGCUGCUAUUGAACAUACUAUACAAUGGGCAAGAGAUAAGUUUGAAAGUUCAUUUUCUCACAAGCCAUCACUAUUUAAUAAAUUUUGGCAAACCUAUUCAUCUGCAGAAGAAGUGUUACAGAAAAUACAAACCGGACACAGUUUAGAAGGCUGUUUUCAAGUUACUAAGUUAUUAAGCAGAAGACCUAGAAAUUGGCCCCAGUGUGUAGAAUUGGCAAGAUUAAAAUUUGAAAAAUAUUUUAACCAUAAGGCUCUGCAGCUUCUUCACUGUUUUCCUUUGGACACACGAUUAAAAGAUGGCAGUUUGUUUUGGCAAUCACCGAAAAGGCCCCCCUCUCCAAUAAAAUUUGAUAUAAAUGAGCCUUUGCACUUCAGUUUCCUUCAGAAUGCUGCAAAAUUAUACGCUGCAGUCUAUUGCAUUUCAUUUACAGCAAAGGAUUUAUCAGCAGAUGCCCUCUUGAAUAUUCUUUCCAAAAUAAAAAUUAAGGAAUUCAAACCUUCCAACAAGGUUGUUCAAACAGAUGAAGCUGCAAGGAAACCAGACCAAGUUCCUGUUAGCAGUGAAGAUGAAAGGAAUGCUGCUUUUCUAUUAGAAAAGGCUAUUUCAUCUAAUAAAGCUACAGCAAAUGAUCUUCAGAUGGCAGUACUUUCAUUUGAGAAAGAUGAUGAUAGUAAUGGACAUAUAGAUUUUAUCACAGCUGCAUCAAAUCUUCGUGCUAAAAUGUAUAGCAUUGAACCAGCUGAUCGCUUUAAAACAAAGCGCAUAGCUGGUAAAAUUAUACCCGCCAUAGCAACAUCUACUGCUGCAGUUUCUGGCCUGGUUGCAUUGGAGAUGAUCAAAGUAGCUGGAGGCUAUCCAUUUGAAGCUUACAAAAAUUGUUUCCUUAAUUUAGCCAUUCCAGUUAUGGUAUUUACAGAGACAUCUGAAGUAAAAAAAAUUGAAAUCAGAAGGGGACUAUCAUUUACAAUUUGGGACAGAUGGUCUAUACAUGGAAAAGAAGACUUCACCCUCUUGGAUUUCAUAAAUGCAGUCAAAGAGAAGUAUGGAGUUGAGCCAACAAUGGUGGUGCAGGGAGUCAAAAUGCUUUAUGUUCCUAUAAUGCCUGGACAUGCAAAAAGAUUGAAAUUAACAAUGCAUAAACUUGUGAAACCUUCUAUAGAGAAGAAAUAUGUAGAUCUUACUGUAUCAUUUGCCCCAGACAUUGAUGGAGAUGAAGAUUUGCCUGGACCUCCAGUAAGAUACUACUUUAGUUAUGACACUGAUUAACAGAAAUUGUCUUCAAGUUUCUUCAAGACUUUGAUUUUGGAAAAAGAUUGCUUAAUUUAACAAAGCUAAAGAAGAUCAACUCUAAACACCAUGGAUUUCUCUUUGAUGAAGCCUUAAUUUAAGAGAAGUUUUCAUCGAAGACUACAGGGAAGAGUUAUAAAACAUUUCAAGCAGAGUUGUAACAUUUUGGAGCAUACUAUACCCUUAUAUGGUGCAUCAUAUAAGAUACGGCCUCAUGUAGAAUGUCAUUUAAUAAAGCUUACCAUAAAUUUAUGUAUUAAGCUCUCUGAAUGUAAAGAAGGAAAGAGAAGUCCCUGAACAGAA